AUGCAUCCACAUUCUUUUUACAUUUUGCCUGAUAGAACAAGACUUCUUGACGAGUAUAGGAACAAGAAGGUAAGUGAGCUUCCUGCUCCAUCGUUACUCAUUGACAGAAGUAAGUUCACCAACAAUUCUGUUCGUAUGUUGGAAGGUGCUAGGGCAUUGGGCGUUGAUUUCAGAGUUCAUAUCAAGACUCAUAAGGCUGCCGAGGGCGUGAGGAUCCAAUUGACUGGCGACGGCCUGUACUCGUCCGAUAAGAUAGUGGUAUCUACGCUUCCAGAGGCGUGGGUGAUAUUGCCGUUGAUUGACGAUGGUACCGUGAAAGAUGUGUUGCUUGGGAUUCCUAUUGCGAAGCUGAUUUUGCCCGAAGUGGCGCUGUUUAAGAAAUUGGCGCCUCUGUUUAAACUUAUGGCGGACAGUGAGAGCCAGAUAGACGCUCUUGAAGAGUACGCCAGUCAGUAUGGUACCAAUUGGGAAGUCUUUGUCAAGGUUGAUAUGGGUACGCACAGAGCUGGGCUUGAGGAGAGUUCUUCGAGGCUUUCCUCGUUGAUUAAGAGAAUUGUGCUGUCUGAAUCGGUCUCUUUGCAUGGCUUCUACUGCCAUGCGGGACACUCUUAUGAUGCAAGAUCUGGUGCUGAUGCUCGGAGCUUGUUGGUUGAGGAGAUAAAAAACGCUAAUCUUGUGGCAAAAUAUGCACUUACCUUAGACUCCAGUUUAGAUUUGCACCUUUCUGUGGGUGCCACACCCACCGCCCACGUUUCUCAGCAGGUGAAGAGUAUACAAGAGAUCGAAGAGGCUCUUGGAGAGAAGAUUCACGGGACGUUGGAAUUACAUGCGGGGAACUAUUCUUGUUGCGAUCUUCAGCAAGUGGCUACUGGCCUUGUUGCUUUGGAAGAUGUAUCUAUCUUCGUGCUUGCAGAGGUGAUUUCAGAGUACCCGGGUAGAGGAAAGAAGGCGCCCGGAGAACAGUUGAUUAAUGCCGGAGGCAUCGCCUUUUCCAAAGAUAAAGGCCCUAUUCCAGGAUACGGGAAGAUCGUCGAGCCUAAGGAACAUACUGGAUGGGAAGUUGCCAGAGUGAGCCAGGAACAUGGAGUUUUGCAGCCAGUGUCAGACAAUGUGGAGUUCAUCCCAUACGGCACAAAAGUGGUGGUAGUGCCGCAGCACGCUUGCAUGGCUGCAUCUAAUCACGCUUGGUACUAUGUGAUCGAAAACGGUAUCGUCGUCGAUAUCUGGGUUCCUGCAAAGCUAUGGUAA